CACUGCUCUGUCUGUCACAUGGACACAAGCCUUUGUGUAGCUCCUGCUUGAUCUGUGAUAGGGAAGGAGGCUGAAUAGGAACUCUACCAAGAAAACAAAAGGCAGCUGUGCGGGGAGAUUCACCACCUCGCUGCCCCAGUGGGGCUGUUUGCCAAACUCAAGUCGGCAGAAGUGGUCCCUCGGCCACGCCAGCACAACUCGGGGAGUGGAGUAGUGUGACAUGAACCGGUGUGAAGAAACUGUCUGUCUAUUGUAGCCUUCCCUCAGUACUGAUAACUUCUGGUUAUGUAGAAGUUGAGGCAGAUGUCACCCAUGCCCUACAGGAAGGUACAACUUGCCCUGUGCUGUACUAAUGAGUUAGUGACAGAUGGAGCUGUAAUGUCAGGCUUGAGAAUAAAUAGGGAGGGAGUCUAGCUGUUGGAUUUCAGCACUGUCCUCACAGUUACUUUCUGUUUUCUGACUGUGCAAGUCCACUCUUGGCUAUAUUCUUUCAACAAUGUCUUAACAAGGCAAUUAGAUCCCAGAGCAUUCUUCACCAGCAGCCAAACACUGCUCUCCUGCCUUCAUCACCACUCUGUGGCCAGGCAGGUAGUGGUGGAAAGGUGUCUUAUUUAUGACCACUCUCUAGUUCACUAUGUGUGUAAUUGGUGCAGGAUGGUCUUGAAUGUGGGAAUGAUGGAAGUUGGUAGAUCCAGGGGGAACCCCUUUGGUGAUGGGCACUGAAGAGGUGUAUGCUAGGAGAGAAACAAAAAAGAAGUGGGUUGGGAGGUGACCAUGAGGGUACUGAGAGAGUGGGAACAAAAAGACGCCUUUAGGCAUAGAAGGUGUUGAGGAAUGUACAAGUGAUGAGAAUGGUAAUGGUGUGAAACAAAUUGAGAAGGAAUGGCAUAGAGUUGUUCCUUCUGAAUUCCAGCUGUUUGGGGAACAAAACUGUACUUUAUACGUGUGUUUUAAUUCAAGUAUAAUUUUUUUUCUCCUCUCUUCCCACCUUCUUCUGUUUUAAGUGCAAGGAAAAAUGACCUAAUCACCAUCCAGCCCUUGUGGCCAAGGCAGGAGCAAGGGUAGGGCUGCCAGGAACAUGGCUUUGCCUGGAAGCUUACGGAGGCAGCCUGCAAACAGAGGCCUUGUGUCCCAUUGCACCCACCAUCAUAUUGUUGUUUUCCUGCUGACCUUCUUCAGUUAUUCCCUGCUCCAUGCUUCCAGAAAGACAUUCAGUAAUGUCAAAGUCAGCAUUUCCAGCCAGUGGACUCCCUCCUGCCUUAACAGCACGGCCCCUGAGCUCCAGCCAUAUGAGCUCUGGAACAGCAACCGGUUAUUUCCAAAGGCAGAAGAAGCAACUCUCUUCCUGGGGACAUUGGACACUAUCUUCUUGUUUUCCUAUGCUGUGGGUCUCUUUGUCAGCGGCAUAGUUGGGGAUCGCCUGAAUUUGCGCUGGGUUUUGUCUUUUGGCAUGUGUUCCUCUGCUCUGGUGGUGUUCUUCUUUGGCACACUCACAGAAUGGCUGCAUUUCUACAACAAGUGGUUCUAUUGCUGUCUCUGGGUUGUGAAUGGCUUGCUGCAGUCCACUGGCUGGCCCUGCGUGGUUGCUGUCAUGGGAAAUUGGUUUGGAAAAGCUGGGAGAGGUUUUGUUUUUGGACUCUGGAGUGCCUGUGCAUCUGUGGGGAAUAUCCUUGGGGCAUUCCUUGCCUCCUGUGUUCUCCAAUAUGGUUAUGAGUAUGCUUUCCUGGUGACUGCCUCGGUACAGUUUGCUGGAGGAGUCAUUGUGUUCUUCGGGCUCCUGACGUCACCGAAGGAAGUGGGCCUCCCUGAGCUUGGAGCAGAUGAAGAUGCCGUUGUGGAAGAAGAUGCCAACAGACCUUUAAUGGGCAGUGAUGAUGCAGAUGAUGACGACAGGAAUUACUCUAUUCAAGCAACUGACACUGACAACCAGCCGAAGGCCAUUGGAUUUUUCCAGGCUUGUUGCCUUCCUGGAGUAGUACCGUACUCUUUGGCCUAUGCCUGCUUGAAACUGGUGAAUUACUCAUUCUUCUUCUGGCUGCCUUUCUACCUCAGCAACAACUUUGGAUGGAAAGAAGCAGAAGCUGACCAGCUCUCAAUCUGGUAUGAUGUGGGAGGAAUCAUAGGUGGGACUAUCCAGGGCUUGAUUUCUGAUGUGCUGCAGAAGAGAGCCCCAGUGCUAGCAAUUAGCCUGCUUUUUGCUGUAGGCUCUCUCUUUGGAUACAGCCGUUCCCCAAACAGCAAACCUAUCAAUGCUGUGAUCAUGGCAAUUACAGGAUUUUUCAUCGGAGGCCCUUCUAACAUGAUCAGUUCUGCAAUUUCUGCUGACCUGGGGCGCCAAGAUCUGGUGAAAGGCAACAGUGAGGCUCUGGCAACAGUCACAGGAAUUGUGGAUGGAACUGGCAGUAUUGGUGCUGCAGUGGGCCAGUAUCUAGUGUCUUUGAUCCAGGAGAACCUGGGGUGGAUGUGGGUUUUCUAUUUCUUCAUUCUAAUGACGAGUUCAACAAUCCUGUUCAUUUCACCACUGAUAGUGAGGGAGAUCAGGCUGCUUCUGCAUGAGCGGCGCCUGCGAAUGCUGGCAGAGUGACUUCUGCUUGCCUCUAGAAGGACUGUUGUAUGGAACUGACAGCUGGAACUCUAAUCAAAACUCUGGGAGACUUGUUUUGUACAUCCUCCAGGUCUGGACUAAUUCAAAAUGGCUCCACAAGACUUGAUUGACUUGCCUUUGGAGAACUUGGUAGUGAGGUACCAAAUACCUGUCGUGAGACCACCUGCGUCAUGGAGCUGCUGACCUAAGCCAGACAAUCCACGGGACUGAUGGAUUGUCCCAGACUCUUCCAUGCCAGCAGCCGCACUCAGUUCUUCUGAUGGGUGGUCUCUCUACUAUACCCUUUCUUAUUUAUUUCUGGAUGUGCUGACCAAAGGCCAGCUGUUUAAAACUGACGGUUUUCAAGAGGCUGUCUUGCAAUGAAUUCUGAUGCUCUAUUGUGCUGGUGAAAUCAUCCAGUGCAGCUCAUGGGUAGGCUAAAUUUACGAUCACUGAAGCUUUUAUAAAGGGCAAAAGUAAUUAUUUGGAAUUUACACAGUAAUUUUUGUUUAAAAACUGCCGUUGCUAAAUCUGUGCACAGAUGGACCUCUGCUAUCCCUAGCUAUUAAUUGUUACAUAUUCUAGUAGAGUCACAUGGAGAAGUCACCUCCAUAUUUGUUUUUAGUAUUUUUUAAUACCGUUACUAAUCUCUGAGAAAAGAGAUUUCAUUUUUUUUUAAACUAUUUAAGCAGACAAAUAGUGUGCAAUACUUUACUAUGAUCUCUGAAAUAAGCCUUAAUAGAUCCUUUGUGUCUAAAGGAUACUUGAAUGGCUUCAGGGUUCAGUUAUGGGACACUUUCACUACAGCUUUGUUUAUUGAACCUGAUCAAUACUGACCAAAAUGGGUCUGUCAGGUGACCCUCUGAAGGAAACUGAUGUCACUGACUUUUUACUUCUUGGGCAAUUGCUUAUCUCUAGCAACAAAGGACCAGAAUGGAAUUAAAGGAAUUUAAGGGACCUGGCUGCUCUUGGACAUAGGUUUCCAGACAGGGACUGAAGCGUUCUCGUGGAAUAGCAUUUAUGAGCAGCUGCUGCUGUGUUUCCCCCAUGCUACUCUGCCUACAGCUGUUUAGGGGACCUCAAGCUCCAGGGUUUGAAAGCUUGAGUCGCGUAUCUUGAAGGGAAAGGUAGAGGCAAGUCAGCACUACAAAUGUGUGGCUACACUUAGUGUGGUGAUGCUUGAGUGCUUUGCAGUGCUGCAGGAGGUAGGGUGACCAACUGACACCUCUGACAUUUGUUGGUGAUGUCAAAGGGAUCGCCGAGUAAGUUCUCAACAGAUUGUUUUCUGUUUAUGCCUUGGAUGUUUCAUUGCAAUAGGUAUGCGUUAACCUGCAGAACUUCUGACCAAACACAUGGGAUGGGGAUGGGCGACAGCAAAAUUCUUGGAGCUGAGAAUUUGAAACUUUUUAAAUGAGAACAGUUGCCUUUUUGACUUGUACAGUGAUUUUAUUUUAUUUUUUAAUUGAUGAAUGUCAAUUUUUAGUCAUGUGUUGAUUGUAAUGAGAGGAACAUCAUCAGUGCCUUACGGUUUUAGAGUAUUGAAUGGUUGCUUGGUGGUUGCUGCUUCUGCAGUGAUGUCUCCAUGCAGCUUUGCUUAAUGUGAAACCCAGUUGCCCCAUUUUGUACUUUUUUUGGGAGUCUUUCUUUCUCUCUUGGUGGAGGUGAUUCUUGCAUCUUUCUGCUAACCCUCAAAAAAUUUUAUUGCUUGGGAAAAUGAUGCUAUUAAGCUGAUGUGGGACCUGAAUCUUGUUCUUGUUUCUUCUCAUUCCCAUUCCAAUUUUUGCCUGUAUAAUUAGAGCAGGAGACUGAGAAUCUAUCAUCCUGUUCUCAGAAUUACGCCCUGGGGUUAGUGUUCACAUCCCAAGCUACUCAUUAGCCCCUGUACAAAUAGAAUGAAAACUCCCUGAAAUUUACUUCUACAAUUGAUGGCGGCACCGUUUGCCCCAGCCACGGCGUCUGAGAAUCUCUGGUUUCAAAUUCCAACCUGGAUGAGCUUUUCGGCCGUCUGGGCAGUAGAUAAGCUGCUGAUGAAAGGUGGGAUGGGAAAGGGAUGUCGCCAGGGUCAGGGGGGAGGAGAGGCCGGCCCCUGUAACAAAUGGCUUCCUGUAAACAGUUCUGUCCCCUCUGGAGAAGUGUCAGAUGUGAUGCGAGCACCGUAAGCACAGGCAGCCUAGCCACUGCAUCCAAGUGCACGGCGGUGCUUUGAGGCCACCCGCAAUUAGGGAGGCGUGCCUGUGGCUUCGGGAUCGUUGUUGUCGUCGUCGUCAUUGUCCUGGGUUUUUGGUUCUGUGGAUUUCCUCAAGGUGCUUGGAUGGAGAACGGUUUUCAAUCUGGUCAUGUCCAAACUGAUCUCACGUGAAUAAACUUAUUUUGACUUGA